AAACGGCAAAUGUCUGAUGUUUGUUGUGUAACGUGUACUGGAAAUAGCUAAUGGUCACAGCAACAGUAAAUUACUACACAGUCUACGGUUAAUCCAGUCUCGGUGGAUUUCUGUCUCUGUGCGUAAAAGAGGAGAGUGAGAAAGUGUCGCUUCAUCCCGGAUUUCUUGCAAAAUCACUAAAGGUUUUGCACUAUGCCCACCUGGCCUUAAGUGAACUGAAUGAAAACACAGAAGCCCCCCUACCCAGACACCAUUGGAGGACUAAGUGGAUUGAAGAAGGCAGAGAGCAAGUGAGGGAGUUGGAGAGGGAGGGAAGACAGAAGGGAUUAGCAGCUAAUCCAGUGCAUGGACAAUCCUGCAGGAGUCUUAUCUUUCUUCCAGGAUGAUGCAGACAAAACAGUUGCUGGAUUACACCACCUUACUUUAUUGCCCUUUUCAAGACAGCGUUACCCUCCUUCUUCCUUUGCUCUGAUAACCUCUCAAAGGUCUGGUGUCUUGGGUACGGAGGGACCAGGGAACCGAGGACAAAGAAGAGGGGUCACAGGCCUGUUGACAGGAUGUCCCAUGGACGGUGUGGUGCCACACAUGGAUAAACCUCUUUAGUGGGAGGCGGUGCAUGGCAGUGGACUCCCCCGCUCUCUCUGCUUGGAGUUUGAGGAAGACAAGCGCAGAACAACUUACCGGAUGAAACACACAAACGAAAAGGAGUCAGUGCCAUGGACCCUAAACCGGAAUUUAAACUUGACUGACAUGUAAUCAGAGCUCAGACACUCUCAUUCGAAUUAAAGGGAAAUCAACAACUUUUCUGCCACCAUGAGUCUGGGAAAACUGCCAGGGAUUAAGGGCCUUGUGUCUGGCUCUCAGGGGAAACGUCGUUUCAAGAGCGAGCUCUCAGUGGACAUGAUCAGCCCGCCGCUGGGUGACUUCCGACAUACCAUGCAUGUCGGCCGUGGCGGGGACGUGUUUGGUGACACUUCCUUCCUAAGCAACUACGGGGGCACCAGGGAGCCAGGAAGUCCGGAUUCGGCAAACAGUUCCAAGACCGGGUUCUUCACACGCACCUUUCGGCAUGUGCGGAAGACCUCUGUGCCCCGCCCACGAGGGGGCUCCCGUGACUUGUCAUCUCCGCCACCGGACAUCUCACCCAUCAUCAAGAAUGCCAUCUCCCUACCACAGCUGAACUCCCCUAAUGGGUGCCUGCAGAGGGUGCUGUUUCCCAGCUCCGUCAGCUCCACAGAUGACUCCCUCUGUGCAUAUGGUCUACAGUCUGGAUUUGUCACUCUGCCCCGCGUCUCCCGCCUUGACAGACAGUUCCCAGAUGGAAACAUCCGGAAAACGUCUCUGCCCGACAGCGAUGGCAUCACACUGACACGCUCAGACUCCCUCACCUCGUUCACAGUAGACCUUGGCCCUUCCCUAAUGACUGAGGUACUGAGUUUGAUUGACAACCCCAGCUGUCUUCAGAUGUCCAAUCAAAGCGAGGCAGCAGGUGAGGAAGAGGAAGGAGAGGAAGAGGGGGACAGCUCUCUGACAGAGACGCCUGUGCAGAGCCCUGGGGUGACUUCACCAAACUCUUCUACGGGUAGCGGGUCAUUCAGCAGGAACAUGAACAGCAGGGGGCGCUCUUGUAGCCCUAACUGGACAGAGCAAGAGGAGGAGAGGCGGUCCCUGAGGACACCAGAUGCGAGCAUGGGGUCUCCUCAAAGAGAGGAGCCCGUGAUGGAGGUGGAAAGGUUCCAGAGGGCAGCUGACGUGCUGUCUCGUCAUUAUGGAGGGUCCUUCACGAAGGGAACGAGGAUGAGCAACAGCACCCCCUCUCCUACUCAUUCCCACAGCUGCAAAUCACCACAGGCCUUUUCUGACGAGGAGGAAGAGAUCAAAGUCUAGAUGUGGAAACUCUUUAUGAAAGAAGGCACACACAUCAUUGAUCCACUAAAACACUUUACAGUGAUCUAAGUUCUAGGUUCAAGUCAGAGAGGCUGAACAUUGUCUGUUGUUCCUCCAUAGAAACAUGCUUCCUCUUUUCAUAGACAUUUACAAGGGGGUGUCAUUGAUCUGCCACCAGAUCCUGGUUUGUAUUCAGUUUCUGCAGGAUGGAGGUUUGACACUGAUCAAGACUCUGGACCCUCUGUCUGUUGCUGCCAUGAUUUUUUACAGAUAACUGAAACUAUACUAAAUAUAUAAGUUACUGAAUGAGUCUGACACAACAGAAUUGAUUCUUUUCAAGACAAACUAUUAACAAAUACUUUCCUGUUUCAUGAGUAACACAGAUUUAAAGGUGAAUACAAUUUGUCCUACUUGCAUUAAUUAUACUCAUAAGUCAGUUGGCUGAAUAUAAUGGGGAGUAUAGAAUUUUGAAUGGACAUUGAUUUUUCUACUUUUUUCGCAAUGACUUACUACAUCAUCACAAUUCAACACCACAAUGUAUUUUACAUAAAUAAAGAUGUUCAGGUUUUUAACAAUUGUGAGAAAACCUCUGUACAUUGUAAAUUAAUUAACUGUAAUCAGGAAUAAUGGUGUUAUAUACUAUAUACUAAGAUAGUUGUACAAUUACAGCUGAUAUUCUAUGUGAUCACUGCACCUGUAGGAUUGUUUAUGAAGCUUUUAUCAGUAUUAGUUUAUUUUUUUCUAAAAUGAUAUGGCUGAUGUAAUAAAGGCCAGAUUUGCAACAAA